GGAGGGCGCGCCUCUACAUACACCCCCCGCGUGCUCCCUGCGGCCUGACAGCAUGGCUUACUACGAGGAGCACGCGGACACCUACCUGCACGCGGACACCUACCUGCACCCCCCCAGGUACCGGAAGUACAAGAGCUUUCUCGCGCACUAUGGAGACGCCGCGGACGCCUUCAACAACCAGCAGCGCGCGCAGCUGCGGGCCCUCCUCGCGCAGAUCAACCCCUCUCUGGCCCCGCGCCUCCGGAGGUUCAACACGCGGGACGCGGCCGUGCAGGUGAACCCGCGCCGGGACGCCGCGGUACAGUGUGGGAUCGGAACGCGCACCCUGGCACGCGCGGGGGACGCCGGGGUCGCCGGGGUGAGGUACCCGCGCACUCUCGCUGUUUACUCCCCCGUGGCCUUCAGGAGCGUCACGUGCUUCCUGGAGGAGGAGGUGGGGGAACCGGAGGAGAGAACCGGAGAACCUCGAAAGAAAACCAGAACCAAAGAUCCAGAGGGAGGAAAGGAGGAGCACGAGGAGCAGCAGGAGGCGAAGGGCAAGGCGCGCGUGAAGUUCCAGUUCCUGGAGCAGAAGUACGGGUACUACCACUGCAGAGAGUGUAACCUGCGGUGGGAGAGCGCCUAUGUGUGGUGCGUUCAGGGAACCAGCAAG